CAAUGUCCAAGGAGCUCGCCAACGUGGCCAUCGAGCGGCUCGCCGCCGAGCGGGCGACCGCGACGUUCACGACCGAGGCGUGCGUCGACCUCGUUCUUGGCACCAAGGCGUGGCAGGCGCGCAUGGCGUACCUUCGGUCGCUCAUCGAAGCACACCCGGUGCUCUCGGACCGCGACAUGAUGUACCGCAACCACCAGGAGCGGUAUAGCUUUGUGCUGCGAAAGAUCCGCGCGCUCGUGUCCUUUCUCCAAGAGCACCAAGUGACCGAUGCGAAAGAGCGCGACUAUGUCUGCGACCUUCUCGGUGAGCCGCUCCCGAUUGACGUCCACCGCGGGAUGUUUGUUCCAAUGCUCGAGACGCAGAUGGACGACGAGCAGCGCGACUACUGGCUCCCGCUCGCGCGCGAGGCCAAGAUCCUUGGCUGCUACGCACAGACGGAGCUCGGCCACGGCUCCAACGUCCAAGCUGUCGAAACAACCGCGAUCUACGAUGCGACGACCGAAGAGUUUGUCCUGCACUCGCCGACGCUCACGAGCCGCAAGUGGUGGCCCGGUGGCCUUGGCAAGACGGCCAACCACGCGAUCGUGAUUGCCCGAUUGACGCUCAACGGCAAGGACCGCGGCGUGCAGGCCUUCUUGGUGCCGCUGCGGGAUUUGACGACGCACGCCACGCUGCCAGGCCUCGAGAUUGGCGACAUUGGACCCAAGAUCGGAUUCCAGUCGGUCGACAAUGGGUAA